AUGGCCACCCCCGGAUGGCGAUCGGUUUCUUGUGAGUGCAAGCAAUUGCAACUUAAAGCAACUCUGCUGGGUGGCCAAAGUUUUCGUUGGAAACCGCAUCCGUCCCCGGAAGUGGUUGACGCAGAGUUUAUCGGUGUGUUUGCCAACAUUGUAUGGAUUCUGCGCCAAACAGAGCGUGAGCUGCAGUACCGUGUUGUGGCCGAGCAGCCGUAUCCGAGUGAUUCGGACAGACAAACGGCCGGUUCUCCGGUGGAUGCGGCCCCGAAAGUGGCCCAGGUGCGCAUGAAGUUGUCAGAACCGAAGGAACAAGCUACAAACGGCGAAUUGUUGUAUCCAGCGUCGUACUAUGAGCAGCUGCUGCGAAUCUACUUUCGCCUCGAUGUCGACCUCGAGCAGCAUUACCGACAGUGGACGGAAUGCCACGAACACUUUGCCAACAGCGCACAUCAGUUCUACGCCGUGCGUCAGCUAGAUCAGGACCCGGUUGAGAAUCUGUUCAGCUUUAUUUGUUCCCAGAACAACCACAUCACGCGAAUCUCGGAUCUGGUGGAGAAGCUUUGCAUCCACUAUGGCGUGCUGAUUGGCAAGUACGCUGGCACCUCCUACUGGAGUUUCCCGUCGAUCGCUGCCCUGGCUGACGCAUCGGUGGAAGCCAAGCUCCGGGAGCUAGGGUUCGGGUAUCGCGCCAAGUACAUUCAACGGUCGGCAGAAAAGAUCCUUUCCCUCGGGGGCCUCGAUUGGUUCCGGCGGCUCACUGAGCUGGACUACAAAUCGGCCCACCGGGAGCUAGUGACUCUGCCGGGAGUCGGCCCAAAGGUGGCCGAUUGCAUUUGCCUGAUGUCGUUGAACCACCUGCAGGCAAUUCCGGUUGAUACACACGUGUUUCAGCUGGCAAAACACUACCUGCCCGGGCUGGGGGCCAAAGCCGUCACAGACAAACAGUACGGGCUGGUGGCGGACAAAUUUCGUGAAAUUUACGGACCUUGCGCUGGUUGGGCACAAACGGUGCUCUUCUGUUCGGAUCUUCGUCAGUUCAAGGAACGCAACGGGCAAACGUCACCCGACAGUGGGAAGCAAGUUCCGGAGAAGAAACGCAAGAAGACUAAGUGUUAA